GCUGCUGGAGUGUUCAGGUCUUCAGUGGCGCACGAUCUCGCAUCUUGCAGAGUGCAGAUCUAACCUAUUACCAACAAACAUCAAUUAUCUUGUGUGAUUUAAUAAAAUAAAAGAAUUGUACAUUUCUUGAGAGAGUGUUUUGUGAAAGAUUCCUUUACAACGUUGUGCUUAUUGUAGUAUUUGUCGCCCCAGGCAUUUUAACUGCCGGGGCUAAUUUUAAGCCCAAAAAUAUGAAUUAUUAUCGACCAUUACGAUUAUAUGCGCUCCUUGUGUGUUUUUCGACUUUAGUUCGCGCGCAAUGGUAUCCUGACAAUCGAAACACUAGGGUAGGACUAUAUCGACGAUCAGAUAUAGCACCGCUAGAGAAUCCUACAAAUAACGAACCUUAUCAAUAUAUACCGGAAAAUUUUAAUGUUUUUGAAUCGCCAGCUAAUAAAAAAAAUUCAUCAAAAUGUUUACCUAAAUGUUACGCAGAAAAGGGUGAUCGGGGUUUUCCUGGAUUUCCCGGUUUACCUGGUCCACCAGGUAACAAAGGUUUCGAAGGCCCUGAAGGUCCAGUAGGGCCAAAAGGUCUCAAAGGAGAGCCUGGAUUACAAGGUCCACAAGGCCAAAUAGGAGAUCGUGGUGAACGAGGUUAUCCUGGCCAUCCAGGUCGUGAUGGAUCUAAAGGUGCUGAUGGACCACGUGGUGAUGCUGGAAUACCUGGACGUGAUGGAUGUAAUGGAACAGAUGGACGGCCUGGAGUUGAUGGUACACCGGGUAUUCCAGGACCCAGAGGUUAUCCAGGACCUCCGGGAAUAAAAGGAGACAAAGGACCACCCGCAAUAUGUGGAAGAUUUCCUAAAGGUCAAAAGGGAGAGGCUGGGAGAGAUGGUGUACGUGGUCCACCUGGUUAUCCUGGACCAGAAGGGCCUCCAGGGUUAAUAGGACCAAAAGGUAGUUUGGGUCUUGAGGGACCAAAGGGGGAUAGAGGUUUAAAGGGUGAAAAAGGAAAUAUUGGUGUAUCAUAUAAUGGCGACAAAGGUGACAAGGGUGAUAUAGGUCCAGCUGGUAUUCCUGGAGUUGAUUGCACAUGUGAAUUUGAAGACAGUAACACAACUGUUGUAUAUGGAAAUAAUGGUGAUAAAGGUGAUAAAGGUUUGAAGGGAGAGCCUGGAAUAGGUGAACGUGGAUGGAAUGGUGAAAAAGGUGAUAAAGGGCGACAAGGUGAAAUUGGCUUAGACGGGGAAAAAGGAGAAAAAGGUUUACCGGGACAGCCUGGCAUUCGAGGUCGUGAUGGAUAUGCUGGACCACCGGGUCCCCCAGGGCAAAAAGGUGAUAGAGGUGAAGAUGGUUUAGAUGGAUUACCAGGCCGACCGGGACGUAAAGGUGAGCCUGGUCCUGAAGGGCCUAUGGGACCAACAGGUUUAAGGGGACCACCAGGGCCACCAGGAGGUGGAAAAGGAAGACCCGGUCCACCAGGACCUGCAGGCCCAAGAGGUUUUCCAGGAAGACCUGGACCUCCAGGCUUAGAUGGAAUACCUGGUAGCCCUGGCUUACGUGGCCCUACUGGACCAGCAGGUGGCCCAGGAGAACAAGGGUUGCCUGGACUUGAGGGACCUGGAGGUGAUAAAGGUGAAAAAGGUGAGCCUGGCUUGCCUGGAUUACCUGGUCAAGAUGGUCCACGAGGUUAUACCGGACCACCAGGACAACCUGGGGCACAAGGGCCUCCAGGAGAAAAGGGAUUAUCAAUCAGGGGACCACCAGGAGAUAAAGGAUUUGGUGGACGUGAUGGAGAAAAGGGACAGAAAGGUGAAAAAGGACAUCCAGGAACUAGAGGAUCACCUGGUGAUUCAAUUGAUGGAAUACCAGGACCACCAGGGCCAAUUGGUCGAAAAGGUGAAAGAGGUAAGCCAGGACGUCCAGGUAAUGAUGGCCCAAAAGGAGAUAAAGGAGAUAAAGGAGAUCGUGGUGGAACUGGUCAGAAUUGUUCACCUGGCUCUAAAGGAGAUAAAGGAGAUAGAGGUUUUGAUGGAUUUCCUGGAACACCUGGUGUAACAGGACCCCCUGGUGAACGUGGAUAUCCAGGUGAAGAUGGACAACCUGGCCCGCCAGGAAUAAAUGGCCCUCCAGGUCCACCUGGUGUGGAUGGUGUUCCCGGACUUCCUGGGGCGGAAGGUCGGCAAGGAAAAGAUUGUAUCUAUGAUUUAAGUUUAAUAUCAUUGAAAGCCGAAAAAGGUCAAAGAGGCAACACAGGAUUACCAGGUCCACAAGGACCUAAAGGUGACAAGGGAAAUCAAGGUUUUCCUGGUAGUAAAGGUGAAACGGGCUUUAGAGGAGAAAAAGGUGAUAAAGGUUACCCAGGUCGUAGUGGAAAUGAUGGCGUGGAUGGACUGCCUGGAUUACCAGGUGUGGAUGGUGAAAAAGGAGAUAGUUUAAUAGGCAGACCAGGAGAACCAGGAUUUUCUGGUGGUCCUGGCCAAAAAGGUGAACCAGGAUUUAAAGGAGAUAAAGGUGCACCUGGAAUAAGUGCUCCAUGUAAUAUUCGAGAAGGUCAAAAAGGUGAUAGAGGUGCAACAGGUCAGAAAGGUGAGCCAGGACCGGAAGGGCCAAUGGGUUUCCCAGGAGAAAAAGGUGAAAUUGGAUAUGAUGGAGAAAAAGGUGACAAAGGAGAUCGAGGAAUACCAGGGCCUGUUGGACCACGUGGUUUACCGGGUCAAAGGGGAGAAAAGGGUGAACAAGGUGUUAUGGGUUUCCCAGGUGAUGCUGGAAAUGAUGGACCGCCAGGUACACCCGGAUUAAUGGGCAUCAAAGGAACUAAAGGAGAAGCAGGUAUCCCAACAGCGGGACCUCCAGGUCCUCCGGGACCACAUGGACCAAAGGGUGAUUCUGGCUUGCCGGGAUUGCAAGGGCCGCCUGGACCUGAUGGGGAUUAUGGUGCACCAGGACUUACAGGUGAAAAGGGUGAACAAGGUCGACCUGGUAUUAAUGGAUAUCCAGGACAACCGGGUCAAAAAGGUGAUCCAGGACCAAUUGGACCACAAGGAAUACCAGGUAUACCGGGUAAAGAUGGUGAAAACGGAUUUCCAGGAGAGCCUGGAAAACCCGGAGAAACUGGUCGUAUUGGGCCAAUUGGUUUUCCGGGACAAAAAGGAGAAAAUGGUGUACCAGGUCCAGAUGGUCCGCAAGGUUUUCCUGGCCCAAGAGGUGAACCAGGUUCUCCUGGAUUAGCAGGACCUAAAGGUUUAAAGGGUGUGGCAGGUAACAAAGGACAACCUGGUAUGCCAGGAUGGCAUGGACCACAAGGUCCUAUUGGAGAAAGAGGAUUACCUGGCCUUCCUGGAAUGAAAGGUGAUAAAGGAUUAGAUGGAGUAAGAGGAUAUCCAGGAGCUGCAGGACAACCAGGUUUCAAAGGUGAAAUCGGCUUUCCGGGAAUAGAUGGACAAAAAGGUGAACCAGGCCCACCAUCUGAUAAAGGACAAAAGGGAGAACCUGGUUUAUCUGGUUUAAGAGGACCUCAAGGAUUACCUGGAUAUCCUGGUUUUAACGGUACAAAGGGAGAAGCAGGACAGCCAUGCAUUGGGCGGAAUGGAUUGCCAGGAGAAAAGGGGGAUGAAGGAGAACCAGGUCUUGAUGGAGCGCCUGGAUUCCCAGGUGAAAAAGGAGAACCUGGUCUUCCUGGAUAUCCAGGUCCAAAAGGUGAUAUUGGUCCGGCAGGAAAAAUUGGUGAUGCUGGAUUGCCUGGAAUGGAAGGUUUGCCUGGAGAACCCGGUGAGAGAGGAUUCCCUGGUUUACCAGGUGUGGAUGGCGAAAAAGGAGAUAUUGGAUAUACUGGAACACCAGGAUUAAAUGGUCCAAAAGGUGAGUCAGGACCUAUAGGACCCGCGGGACCUGCUGGUGAUCUAGGAUUUCCUGGUUUGGAUGGAGAACGAGGUCCACCUGGACCAGUUAUUAACGUUAAAGGAGAAAAGGGAGAGCCCGGUCCUCCUGGAGUUCCUGGUGCCACUGGAAAAGACGGACUACCUGGUUUUACUGGUGAAACUGGAGAAAAAGGUGAUAAAGGAGAUGCAGGUUUACCUGGACCUCGUGGUUACAAUGGAUUACCGGGAACUAAAGGAAAUCAAGGUUUACCGGGACCACUUGGACCUCCUGGAUUACCUGGUUUAACAAUCAAAGGAGAAAAAGGUCUUCCUGGUUUACCAGGAAAACCUGGAAGAGACGGUAUACCUGGAAGUACUGGCGAAAAAGGAGAGCUAGGUUUACCUGGACUUCCAGGUUUACCAGGAAUACACGGAAGCCCGGGGCAAAAAGGUGUUCAAGGAGAUAAAGGAGAUGCCGGUUUACCAGGUAUACCUGGCUUACCAGGAAUGGAUGGACAACGAGGUGAUCCAGGUAUUGAAGGUUUACCUGGAUAUCCGGGAGAAAAAGGAGAGACUGGACCGCGUGGAUUAUCAGGAGGAGUUGGUAACAAAGGUGAUACAGGACCACCAGGUCAACCUGGAUGGCCAGGAAUUCCGGGGCCGAAAGGAGAACGUGGAAAUGAUGGAAUUCCAGGCGCAGAUGGUUUAGAUGGCCCACCUGGUGAAAGAGGAUUAUCUGGCUUACCUGGUUUGCCAGGUAUAGAUGGCCCACCUGGUGAAAAAGGUGAUAAAGGUUUACCUGGUCUAACACCACCACCAGGACCAAAAGGUAAUCCAGGGCCACAAGGUCCUCCGGGAAGACCAGGUGAACGUGGAGCAAGAGGUUUACCAGGUGCACAAGGACGUGAUGGUUAUCCUGGUGAGAAAGGUGAUAGAGGUGUAGACGGAUUACCAGGACCACCUGGUUUACCUGGUGAGCCAGGUGUUGAAGGGCCACCAGGCUUAGCUGGAGUACGCGGUUUAACUGGUGAACCUGGACCAAAAGGUGAUAUUGGUGAAAAAUGUGUUGCAGAACCAGAUUAUUUAACUGGAAUAUUAUUAGUAAAGCAUAGUCAAAGUAGUGAAAUACCACAAUGUGAACCAGGUCACAUAAAAAUAUGGGACGGUUAUUCAUUCUUAAAUGUACAAGGUAAUCAAGAAUCACAUGGACAAGAUUUAGGACAUGCAGGCUCAUGUAUUAGAAAAUUCUCAACAAUGCCAUUCUUAUUCUGUGAUUAUAACGAUGUAUGCAAUUAUGCAAGUAGAAAUGACAAAUCAUAUUGGUUAUCAACCAAUCAAGCGAUACCGAUGAUGCCAGUUAGUGAAUCUGAAAUACCCAAGUUUAUAUCAAGAUGUGUUGUUUGUGAAGCACCAUCAAAUAUUAUUGCUGUGCACAGCCAGGCAUUAAAUGUUCCAGAUUGUCCUUAUGGUUGGGAAGGCUUAUGGAUUGGAUACAGUUUCUUAAUGCACACUGGACAUGGAGCUGGUGGAGGUGGACAAUCAUUAUCAAGUCCUGGUUCAUGUUUACAAGAUUUCCGUGCAACACCAUUCAUUGAAUGUAAUGGCGCUAGUGGUACAUGCCAUUACUUUGCAAACGAAUAUAGUUUCUGGCUAACAACAAUUGACGAGCGACAACAAUUCCAAAUGCCACAAAAAGAAACACUCAAAGCUGGUAAUCUACGACAACGUGUUAGUAGAUGUCAAGUAUGCAUUAAAAAUAGAACGUAGUAAUUAAUUCCCACUCACUUCUUCUCUAAAUAAAUAAAAAUGUAUAUCAGAAUAACCUAAAAAAAAGGAUCACCAUAGUAAAGACACAAAUGAAUUUUGAAACGAACUUAUUACGAAUACACACGCUGAUAAAAAAAUAAUAAUUAAAAAAAAAAAGUUAGUAGGUC